AUGUCUUUACAAUCAAUUCCUAUUUAUAAACGACCAUUAUUUUCAAUAUCGACAGUUCAUGAUGAUCUAUCUGAUAAUUAUGAUAUUGUUAUUAUAUUUCAUGCAUCACAAAUAAAUACUAUUGAAUAUGUUAAUCCAUAUUUUGUGGCAACAAUUGAUAAUCAAAUAUCAUUCACAUCAACAUCGAAGUGGACUGAUGAAGAAUGGAUAAUUCGAAAGAUUCCUAGGAAUGCAAAACUUUUAGUUAAAAUUUAUAAUAAAAAUGAGAAAGAACUUGAUGAUAAUUAUAUUGGAGAAUUUGAAAUAUUGAAUAUAAUCAACUAUGAUGCUCCUCCAAAUGGUCCUACCAUUGUUGAUUCAUAUGGUCAACAUAAAGGACAUUUUCAUUUAUCUAUCGAUUCAAAAAAAUCAUCGAAUGAAAGCCAACAACUGCCUUGUUAUACAUUCGAUGGUCCUUGUCGAUAUUCUCGUUAUGAUUUUUUUCCUAUUAAUCAUCAUACUGAACGUAUCUAUUCAACUUGGACAAUACAAUUACGACGUAUUUUAUCCUAUUUUCCUUCUGAUCAACGUCAACAAUGGAAUCGUCAGUAUAAACCAGUUCAACAAGUAACUUCUGAUUAUUUAGGUAUAUCGACUGCACACAAUAUGAUGGCAUUAGCUCAAAAAACAUUCAAUGAGAAAAUUGUAAGACAUGAUGAAAAUGGACAAUUGAGAAGUGCUGAUGAUUUAUGGAAGUUGGUUUUAAUGGAUAAAACAAUACAGCAAAUAAGACCACGUAUUUAUACUUAUAUAAUUGAUGAUACAACAUGGCAAUUUACAGAAAUAGAUCCUCGAGUAUUUGCUGAUUCUACAAUUAAACAUGCUCGAUUAGCUAAUUGGUCUGAAUAUAUUUGUUAUGCAGGUGAAUUUCAUCUUCGUCCUAAAUUUGGUUGGACUAAAUUGAAUGAUGAAUGGGAAUUAGUAUUUGAUAAUGCAUCAGGAACAUAUUCACCAAACGCUGAACUAUUAAUUAAUUUGAAAAAACUCUUAUUAUUUAAUUUUCCUGGAUUGAAUAUUACCACGUAUGAUUACAAAGAUCCAAUGUUAAGAGAUAGUAUUGAACAAUUAGAAAUAAUUGCACGAAAAUACAAGAAUAUAGGAAGACAAGAACAAUAA